AUGCCAAGUAAACGUGAAAAAUCUACUGUUCCUAGCGAAGAACUAAUAAAAAGCAUAAACGAAAUAAAAAAGAAAAUUCAACUCUCUGGUAAGUACAUUGAUAUUAUGACGUUAUAUUACACUCGGCAUUAGCAAAUAACUUUAGAUAUUCAUUCGAUUAUUAUUGGCGAUAGACAUAAAUAAUAUUAUAUUAGGGCAAAUAUUUAUACGCCCUGAAAACCUUUAUAUACGGCUGUAAAUAUGCACAAGAAAAUAAUACCAAUAGUAGACACAAGUACCAAAAUAUGUUCUUAAAAUAUGGUUUAAAAAAAAAUUUUUCAAAAAUUGUAUUAUAUUAUAAUAAUACCUACUUGAGAGCGACACAUUUAUAAAUAAUAUGUUAUCUAAAAAACCUACCACUGUCAUCAGCCUGCUGAAAUUUAUGAAUCUUGAACAAUGUUAUUUUGUAUUUCGUUGAGUUGAAAAUGGCCUAAAAAUAUACAAAAUCCUAAAAUAUACUCUAAAAGUCCAAAAACGCCAAACUAGGCUAAAUAAAAUGUGUUUAUGGUUUAAUUUAAAAUGUUAAGACAUUUCGGUACCUGUAAACUGACUUUUUUUCGAAGAACCAUUCAAAAUAUGCAAACGCAUGAUCUAUCAUAAUUAUUAUAUUAUAUAUGAAUACAAGAUAAAAUAAUUUUUGAUUCGCCAUAAUAUUUAUGUAUUAAGUAACUCAAAUGCGAAUAAUAAUAUAGGUACUAACAAAUGUACUAUUUUUUUUAAUACAUUCGCCAAAUAAUAAUACAAUAUUUUAAUCGUCGAUAGAUGAAAUAUUUUUUCAUUUGAAAUACACUUUAUACAUAUUAUUGGUACUAUCGUACACGUUGAAUCGAUUUUGGUUACCAUUUUUUUUUUCUUCAAAUAAUACCAAAACUAUAUUUUUUCGAAUAACAAACCUAUAUAGGAACGCUAAUACCUAUAUAGUUGUGUGCGGUUAACCGCCAGCGGAAUCGUUCUUAUGUAUUUUCAAUCAGUCUUACUCUACUGAUGUUGUUGAAAAAAAUAAUAAAACAUACAUUAUAUACCAACAUCUUGUUUGUUACACUAUAUAUUAUUAUGUUCUCAACCAAUUACAAAGUAUACUCGGCAAGUCCACAAACCAACACGUAUAAUAGGUAUUUGUCAAUGUAUAAUAUAAAUAAGUGCAUUAACUAUUCCAAGUAAUUUCUCGAAAUUUUAUUCGAAAAUAUUAUAUUUAACAAUAAAAAAACGAUAAAAAAACUUCACACGAUUAAUAUAGUUCAUUAUCAGCGCGUUCGACUCUUCAACACCGCUCGGAUUAAAUACAACGCUAUAAUUAUAAUUUGUAUUUAGAUCAAUGAAACUGCGCCGUUACAAUAAAAUCCUAUUAUAAAACCCGAUUAUAAUACGUAUUAAAUAAGAAUCGGCUGUCUAUUAAGUAAACGUUUUAACGUUUUAUGGAUCUGGUGGAAGAAUGGGCUUUAUAUUAUUAUCCCAUUGAAUGUAGCGUAAAACAAAAAAUUAUUUAGAAUGGAAUUUUUCUAGAACUCUUGCCAUUCUAUUUUAGACAAGAUUUACUGUAUAUUUAUAACGAUUGGCGAUUUUAUGUGUUUUAUAUAUAGAGGGCCAGAAAAAAGCGCAAUACGAAGAAUGCGAGGAAGAAAAAAAAAAAAACAUCGAGAAGAUUCAAAUAUUAAAACGCGAUAUAAAACAAAUACACCAAAUAAAAAGACAGGAAUCCACGGUGGGUUCCUAUGUAUUAUGUACUUUAUAUUUUACGAAAACAUAAGUAAAUAUAACGUAUAUGUUUUUUUUAUUCGUUUACAGUGCGUAGACGCGUUGCCAGAUACUAAAACAGACCAACAAAUUACAGUUUUAAAAAGAAAAAAAUAUCACGAAGCGUUAGAUAUUUUGGAUAUGAAAUUGAUCGACAUAAAGAAAAAAACCGAUCUAAUUAGACAUGAUAUCAAACAGGUAAUAUUUAUACGCAUAUAUAAUAACCUGUUGUAACCUAGAUCAAUUUUAUGCGUUUCUUGACUGCUGCACGGUUUGGUAAUAUAAUACAUAGAAAAGAAUCAAGUUGAACGACUUGUUUGGAAGAUGGAGCGACAUGCGGUCAAAGGUUAAUUCUAUCGUAGACAAGGAUUCAAAUACAGUUAAGGUAGUAUGAGAUAUUCGCGAUUUACGCGUCUAAAUUAAUUUUUGUUACAUUUUCCAAUAUUUAUAGACACUAUCGGCACUCGAAAAUCGAUCUCAUCAGAUAGAAAUGAGCCGAAUGGAAGCGUCACACGUGACGCGCAAAUACAGGUCCAUUAGAAGUCGGCUUUUGGAGGAUUCGGUGGUAUUCGACUCUACUCUGGACAAGUUGGAAAAAACGAUAAAAAUACAACAACGUGAAAUUCAACGAUUGGAAGUAUUUAAAAAUCGUAUCUGUCUAUAAAUGUCUAUACUUAAUUUCAAUAUCGUUAAAAUUAUUUUAUUAAGAAAAUUAACGAAGAAGCCAUUAAGUCGAGGGACAAGACCCGAUUUGUGUUACAAAAAAAAGAAACAAACGCGACUAACAUAGCGAAAUUCCGUAUGAAACAAGUAGAACAAAUCCGGUAAGUUAAAAUAUCGUAUACCUAGUGAUAGUGGCUAUAAUAUCACAAUAACAUCUAUGUCUACAUCUAAAUGUGCGUGUGUAAUCACUUUGUUUACCUCUAUAUACGUCAUAUUGUUAUUAUUUGUGUAGAGCUCAAGUUGAAGAGAGAAAAAUGGAACUGGAAAAGCUGGAAAGAAAGAUAUUUCCCCUGGGGCAGAGAGCUACGCACCAAGAUUCAAUUCCCAGUUCUUCGGAAGAACAGCGGUUAGGAGAUAAUGGUUCGUCGGACAGUCAAGAGAUUUCUGACACGCCGUAUUUUAAACUGAAACAAGUCACCGGUAAUGAUGUCAUAAAUAAAACUAUAUACGCUUAUCGGCCUAUUGUUACAUGAUGGAGAAAUAUGCGGUUAUAACACUACCGAACAAUAUUAAUAUUUUUAAUUUAAUUUAUAUUAAUAUAUAUUAUAUGUAUCUACUUUUGUGUUCGAUUAAAAUAAUGGUACAUAAACUUUUAAUAACAAUAAUAAUGUUUACUUGAGUAAAAAUAUACGAUACAGGCUCAAUCGAUAGCGAAGACGUACGGAGAAAGUUUGUAGCGCAGAAGGAGACCAAAAACCGACUGACUACUCUGAAAACCACCACCGAGAAACAAAAAAAAGACCUUCAACUUAAAUGCCAGCAACUCAACGACGAGUUCGAACAAUGCCGAUUUUCCGACGCCCAGGACAAAGAACAGUACGUUAAAGUGUAAUAUAUUUUACUAAAACCUCUUGAGAUCACAAUAUAUAAUUAUGUACCCUCCAGCAUCGAUUCAAAACCGUCUGUUAAAAAUCUGUCUGUACAAUAAAAUUAAACAAAUACAUAUACCUGCACUCAAAAUUUGAAAGUCACUCUCGAAGACCAACAAAAAUAAUAUAUUAUGUGGAGACCGAAAAAUUACAUUUCUGCAUAUAGUUUUAAAAAAACCUAUAUUCAUUCUAAUUGUUUCAGAUAACUGUUAAAUUAAUAUUUGAAGAAUUUUAAAAAAAAUAAAAAACAAUAUUAAGGUCAUUAUUCUUUGGCUAUAAAUAAUGCUUCGUGUGGAGCGAGAAUAAUUUUAUACUCUCGUCGAUCAACCGAAAACUAGCUAUACAUUUCGUACUGUUUAAAUAAACUAAUAAUAAUAUAUCUUCUAACAAUUAUUAUAUAAUACAGGAACGACGAAGAAACGGAAAAUCUCAAGAUGAAAAUUAUCGAAGAGACCAACAAGCUUGCGCGUUUAGAAAAAGAACGGUCCGAAUUAUCGAAUCAAAUCGACUCGACGCUGUUCAGACUGUACGAUAUGUGCCUGGCGUUAAAGGAAGCAGACAGCGCGCCAGUACCGGACAAAUGUCCGAGUAUCGACAAAGCGGAUUGGUUGAUAUGUCUGUUGCAGACUAAAUACCAAAACAUAACGAGAAGUCACAGCGUGCCGGAUAAAGACAAUCGUAGUGAAACGAAGGGAAAUAUUAAAAGCAAUGUGCGUCGCCGAUUUAACAUCUGUGAUACAAACCCUGUGGCUUGGUGCUAUGUCAUAACAAAACAAAUUGCUUUUAAAAUUAAAUAAUUACAUUUUAAACUUAGCCCACGUCAAAAAAUUUAAUUUAGUCAUCAAAUCACCAAAAAUAUAACGUAAAGUCCAUAAUUAUUGUGAUAUAUUUCUUCUUCUCCUCCGCCUUCAUCCCAACUAUUUGGGAUCGGCCACUCUCGUCCUAAAAUUCCACUUAAAUCGUUCCCCCAUAUCAUCCUUGCAUAUACCCGCCAUCCUCAUAUCAUUUUCAAUCACAUCCAACCGCCUUUUGUGCGAUCUUCUUCUCCCUCUCUUUCCUCCUACGUAUACUUUCGUUACAAUUCUUACUACUUCUUAUUCGUCUUUCCUCAAGACAUACCCAAACCAUUUCAAUCUAUUUCCUCUCAUCUCUUUUGUCCGCUAUUGAAGCCACACCUAAGGUAGAUUCAUUCUUAAGUCUCAUUUGAAUCCUAUUGUCACCUAGCGAUUCUCUCUACUUAUAAUCUUGUGUUUCAGAUCCUCGUCAAAAUCAACGGUUUUUUUCAAACAAAAAAUCCUAAGUACUUAAAAGCUCUCAAUUUCACCAAUUAAUAAAUAAUUGUCACAUAAUUAUUUUAAUAUAUUUGUAAAAAAAUUGCAAUGACCCAUUUGGCAUUUUUGGCACCAAGCAUCAUAAUUAUAUACGCACGUCUGAAUUAUAAAGAAAUAUUUGCAUUGUUAUAUUAUUUCAGGAUGUGGCAACGCUGUGGUCAUUAGACGACGAUGUUGUGGAGCCGGCGAACAAAGACCAGGAGGAAAAACCCAUUCCGAAUAGAUAUUUCAUCAAGAAACAAGCGCAAAUAGUGGUCGAUUCGAAGAUUAAAGGGAAAAAAGGGAUUAAAGCGCCGAAAGGUGCGAUCCAGAGAAUUUGAUCAAUUAUAUCAUAAUUGGUUCCCGGGAAGAAGUUUAAGAAUAAUUUCCCCUUCUAUUUUUUUUUUUUUUUUUGUUGUCUAAAUUGCAUAAGUGUAUACAUUUUAAAAACUAGUAUAUGCAGUGCAUGGAUAGUAUUAGUGUAUUAUCAGUUUAUGUACAACUGUAUAGGUAUUUUCAAAAUGUAAUUUACACGCAUACAAAACUAUGCGAAAUUGACUUGAGCCUUUUCUUCUCCGGUACCAAAUAUAUAUCCGUAUGUACAUUAUCACUACGGAUUUAGAUCCAUA